AUGCAAAAAGGGCACAUACUCUACACGAACCUGGCUUGGCGCAUGGACCGGACUAAUCCUCACCUGAUAGGCGUUGAGGCAGCGAUUCGCGCGCUAUUUCAGCUCCCGCCGCCUUUCUCGUCUCUGCUUUCUUCUUCACCAUCCUCAACAACAGCGAAACCCCUCUCCAUCUCCCGCGUGCGCGCCAGAGCGUAUCCAACAGCCCCAACUGGGGUAUCGUUCCUGCGCCCCUCGUCGGGCUCUCUUUCAACUUGCCGCCUGGGUCCGCAAAGAAAAGGAGGACCUGGGCGGCAGCCAGCUGCCAGUGGCAGCGCAAGCGUUGGGGCUGUGAGGCGCCACCCUUGGGUGGCCUUCAUCGACAACCGCCCGAUGAAAAAACCCGGCCGCUGCCCGGGUCGUAGAAGCCUAUCGGUACCGUCAAAGGACCUGGGCGGCGGCCCCCUGAGCCACAAACCCCUGCGAUGUCACACGGCGGCCGCCAUCACCGCCACCAUCACCGCCACCAUCACUGGCUGGCCCUUGUUUUCCUCCUCCCACCGCCGCCAGGGCCCCUCCCUCGAGUGGAUGGGAAAGCACAACCCCAAGCCGCUUAACGCGUACUGGCGGCCCAACCAGGUCUCACAUCCACGACUUAUCCUGCGAGCCUGGCUGAGACCCAAACGCUACCUCCAGCGGACUCGGCCAGGCUCCGAUGCCACCUCAGUGGGCCUGGUUGGGCCCGCCAGCUCAACUGUCUUGGCCCUUGGGCCAACUACGAGAUUUUACACUGUGGAGUCUGGGCAUCAUGGAAGAUACACUGGCUGGGUUGGUGGGAAAGUGGCUGAGGUGGCCAAUGGGGACUGA